AUGGAAGGUUCACACAUGGCAGGGCCAAGCAAUUCAGUUUGUGUUCCUCCAAUAGCUUUUGUUCAUGUUAAGAGAGACGCAAAUAAAGCUGCUGAUUGUAUUGCUAAGCAAUGCUCCAUGGGCUCUCUUCUUUAUAACUGGUUGUUCUAUUUACCCUGUGAGCUUAUUCCUAUUUCACUUGAGGAGCUUGUGGUGGCACAGGUAUCUAAGCCACAGGUGAUGGUACUUGAGGUACUAGUGCGAUCGAUUGAGUCACCGAAGGCAUCUACAUUUGCUAGGGCAUUGGUACCACUUGAGGACUUGUAUUUGCCUUUGGAUCAGAAAUAUCCGGGUGAGUUACAAGAUUUAAGAGACAAAACUCAAUCCUAUUUGGAGAUUCUCAUUGCCAUUGCAAGUACAGUUACUGGUGAAAUUGCUUUCCCUGUCAAACAUUGUAUGUUUUUAUACAUAUGCACUGAUACAGAUCUCCUCCUAGCUACUCAGCUAUUUUCUUUGAUUCUUGGCUUUCUAUGUUUGUUUGAGCUUUCUGAACUCACUGAUCCUCUUGCUGUGUAUUUAAGAGACAAAACUCUAUCCUACUUGGAGAUUCUUAUUGCUAUUGCAAGUACAGUUACUGGUGAAAUUGCUUUCCCUGUCAAAGAAACUCUUAUGGAAAAAUGCAACUUCAAGAGACAUUUGCCCAUCAACCUGCUAAAAGUGGCGCUUAUGCCCACCACAUAUAGUGUGGCUAUGCUGGUCUUGGUUAUUCUGGAAAUGGCAGUCAAUAUUCUCAUUGCUGUUGCAAGUGUUGCUGUUGAAAUUAUUAAACCCUUGGUAGUCGAUAUUCUCAUUCCUGUUGCAAGUGUUGCUGUUGAAAUUAUUAAACCCUUGGUGGCCCCUAUCAGGCGACAUAUUGGUUACCUAACUGGCUACGAACUUAACAUCAAGAAUCUGAAAGAGGAGCUUCAGAAACUGAAAAAUAAGAAAACUGUCGUGGACGCUGGCCACACUCCUUAUUCAAUAAUUCAAUGGCAAAAGCAAGUGGAUGACAUCAUUAAGAAGGGCGAUGAAUUUUUUCAAAAUGAAAACAAGUGUUUUAACACGAACUGUCCAGAUCCAAUGUCACGUUAUUCCUUGAGCAAGAAAGCUAAAGAGAUGACAGAGACGGUGCUUGAUCUGCUCAAAAAGACUGAAGAGUUCGGUAUCAACCUAGGAUCAGCUUUCAUUACUAAAGGCAUUAUGGAUUUUACAUCAAGGGAAUCAAUUAAAAAUAAAGUCUGGGAGGCCUUGAACGAUGACAACCUUAGCAGGAUCAGUAUAUGUGGAGCUGGUGGUGUGGGUAAAACCACGAUGGUAAAACAGCUUGUGCAAAGAGUUGAAAGAGAGAAUUUGUUUGAUGUCGUUGGAAUGGCAGUAGUGUCCGAAAAUCCUAAUAUAAAAAAGAUACAAGGUGACAUUGCAUCUUGGCUGAAAUUGAAAUUGGACGAUGAGAAUGAGUUAAAAAGAGCAGGCGAGCUUCGUCAGGGGCUUAUAAACCAUGGUAAGAGGAUCCUCAUAGUAUUGGAUGAUGUUUGGCGCGAGUUGGAUUUUGAAAAAAUAGGACUUCCUUCAAGGGGAGAGAGAAAGGGACACAAAAUUAUGUUGACUUCACGUAACAUUUAUGAAUGCAAUAAAAUGGGAAGUGAAAAGAAUUUCCCUGUGGAUGUUUUAACAAAGGAUGAAGCUUGGGAUCUUUUUAGAGAGAUGGCAGGCAUUUCCAUUGACCAGGAUUUGCGUCACACGGCAACUGAGAUUGCAGAUGAAUGUGGAGGCUUACCUCUUGCUAUUGUAACUAUUGCAAAGGGAUUAAAAAACAGAGGGAGAAACACAUGGGAUGAUACGCUCCAACAGCUAAAGAAUUCUAACCUGCAAGGCGUAUCAAGAGAUGUGUUUUCCAGAAUUGAAUUAAGUUACAAGCUUUUGGAAGCCGAAGAGGCCAAGUCAUGCUUUCUGCUUUGUAGUUUGUUCCCUGAAGAUUUCGAUAUUCGGGUUGAAGAUUUGGUUAGAUAUGGAAUGGGCCUACGGUUGUUUAAAAAUGUUGAUAAAGUGCAUCAUGCAAGAACUAGGGUCUAUAAUCUUAUUGAUGAACUUAAAGAAUCAUUUUUAUUGCUUGAAGGUGAUGGGCAUGACUAUGUCAAAAUGCAUGAUAUUGUCCGCGAUGUAGCCAUAUCAAUUGCCUCAAGAGAUAAGCAAUGGCACACGUUACAAAGUGAGGCUAAAAUGAAAGAGUGGCGAGAGGAAGAUGGGUACAAACAUUGCAUUGCAAUUUCACUUUUGUAUGAAAAAAUCAGUGACCAGCUUAAUGAUUUGGAGUAUCCGAAGCUUGAACUCUUGCAAAUUGGGGCACAUCGUCGGUCACCAGGCCAUCCAAACAUCGUUUAUGCAGGGAUGAAAGAACUCAAAGUUCUAGCUUUGUCUUCGAGUUUCCCUUCACUGCUACAAUCACUUGAUGUCCUGAGGAAUCUUCGAACCUUACGUCUUGUGGUAUUUAACGAAUAUUGGGGACGCGCCAUUGGAGCUCUUGUCAAACUAGAAAUACUCGAAAUUCGUGGUAGAUGCUUAAGGUUGCCUGGAGAAAUAGGACAACUAAAAAAUCUAAGGUUGCUGGACUUGAGGAGGGUCGAUCGCCUUGAAUACAUUCCAUCAGGCGUAUUGUUAGCGCUGUCUAAACUAGAAGAGUUGUAUUUGCCAUAUCGCUUUGGGAAUUGGGAACCCAUGGAAGACGGAAGGAAAACCAAUGCAAGCCUCAGCGAGCUAGACACUCAUCAUAUGACUGCAUUAGAAAUUUCUGUACCAAAAGCCUCCAUUUUGCCUGAAGUUUCAGUCUUUAGAAACUUAGAAAGAUUUAAAAUUUGUGUAGGCUGCACAAAUGAAAUUGUAGCUGACAGAAAUUAUGCGAAAGUGUUGCAACUUAGAGAUGAUGCAAGUGAUAUUAAAGAAACUGGGAUGAAAGUCUUGAUGGGGAAAGCUGAAGUCUUGAAUUUGAUAAAAGUGAUAAAUAUGAAGGAGGUAAUAUCAACUGAUGAAUGUGUUGAACAGGGCUACUUAGUUGAUGCACUACAGGGGAUUCCACGGUUACCAGAAAUUCAGCUUCCAUACUUUGGGAAAUUGAGAGAAUUAAAUAUAGAUUCAUGUCAUGAGUUGAAGUACUUCAUUCCACUAUCCAUGGCUAAAGGAUUGAGACAACUUCAUAAAAUAUCUGUAGAGAUCUGCAAAGAGAUGGAGGGAAUUUUCAACAACAGCGAAGUGGACGACGAGGUUGAGUUUCCCGAACUUACAGAUUUGGAGCUGAGGGACCUACCAAACUUCCGUGGUUUUAUCAUCAACAAAUCCUUGUCCUGGAAGGUUCAAACUCAAGAUUUCACGAUUCUACAAUUGACUCCAAAUAUUGGCAAGGAUAUAGACCAACCGAGCACAUCUCAAAGGAACAAUAGUACAGAAAUUGAGCAUGCCCAACUUCAAUCUAUGGCUGGACCAGUAGAAAUGAUUUCUAUAUUAUUUCCAUCCCUUUGCCAACGACUAUCAAAUUUACAAAAGCUUUACUUGAGUAAUUGUGGUUUGUUAAAAGUGGCUUUCCCUCCCUCUGUAGCUCGACAAUUGGUGCGGCUUGAAGAGUUAACUGUCAUUGAUUGUCUUGAGAUAGAAUAUAUUGUUGCAGAAACACAACAAGAAGAAAAAGACAAGAGAAUAAGCAAAAUUGUGUUUCCCAACCUAAUUUUGCUUGAACUUUCUAGGCUACCAAAGCUGAUGGCUUUUUGUGCAGACAAUCAUAUUUCUUUUGAUUGGCCCUCAUUAGAAAGGUUUACAUUGGAUGAUUGUCCUAAAAUGGAGAAACUUUGUUCUGCAAUUCCAGACUCAUCUACAUUGAAGAAUAGUUUUGAUCAAAGUGGUCUCAGUGGCAAGGAAGUCAUGCAUCCAACAAGCUCAGUUAUUCAACGGUUAGUAAGAAGAGGAAGAAAGCAAAAAGAUGUUUCCAACAAAGAGGAUAUUAAACAGCAGAACACAUCUCGAAUGAAUAAUAAGGCAGAAAUUGAGCAUGCCCAACUUCAAUUUACAACUGGACCAGUAGAAAUUAUUUCUAUAUUAUUUCCAUCCCUUUGGCUACCAUCAAAUUUGCAAAAGCUUAGUUUGGAUGAAUGUGGUUUCGUAAAAGUGGUUUUUCCUCUCUCUGUACCUCAGCAAUUGGAGCAGCUUAAAUAUUUAAGGAUAUGGCGUUGUCCUAAGGUGGAAUAUAUUGUUGCAGAAGUACAAGAAGUAAAAAACAAGAGAAUAAGCCAAAAAGUGUUUCCUAACCUAAUUGAGCUUAAUCUUGAUGGGCUACCAAAGCUGAUGGCUCUCUGUGCUGACAGCCAUAUUUCUUUUGACUGGCUCUCAUUAAAAGAAUUUUCAUUGGGUGAUUGUCCCAAAAUGAAGAUUCUUUGUUCUACAAUUUCAGACUCAUCUACAUUGAAGAAAAGUUUUAAUCAAAGUGACCUCAGUGGCAAGAAAGUCAUGUGUCCAAGCUCAAUUAUUCGAGGGUUAGUAAGAAGAGGAGGAAAGCAAAAAAAUGUUUCCAACAAAGAGGUAUGUGCUUAA